AUGAGAGAAGAAAAGGCAGAGGGUCCAGAUGAUGUACCAGUAAAAUCAUGGAAAUAUCUGGAAGAAAUGGCAGUAGGAUUCCUCACAAGAAUGUUUAAGAAGUUCAUCGAAGUCGAAGUCGAAGCUUUGGGGGAAAAUCGGAAAGCUAAGUUGAGAAAUGAGGUAGUAAUCAGUGACCAGCAUUUUGGCUUCAUGCCUCGUAAAUGUACUACCGAUGCGUUGUUUGGAUUGAGAAUACUAAUGGCGAAGUACAAAGAGGACUUAAAGAACUGCGCUGUGUUUGUAGAUUUAGAAGAAGAGGAAGAAGAAGAAAACUUAUGA